ACAGGGAGAGAGAACGAGAGAGCAAGAGAGAGAGAUCGCGCUCCCUGGGGAGAAGGCUUCAGCAGGUUUCUCUGGCGCGUUUGUUAAAGCAUCGACCUCUAGGGCGAAAUGGAGGACAGGAAUUAAUAUAGACAAUGAAAAGAACAAUAACAACUACAGCUCAGCACCGUGACUCAUCCGGACGGAGACACACCGCCACAGAAGAUCCUGACACACUGUGGUGGGGUCUGCACUUAGGGCUAUGUCUUCAGAAGUGAGUAACGAUUAAAUUGCAAUGUAAUGAGAGCACAUCAAAAGACUUUCUGGAAGCAAGCCUCAUAUCAAGUGAAACACUGCCCCCUAGGGAACAAGCAUGGCACACAGCAUCAGACUCAGACUGUGAAGCCAAAACGCCAGUCUGUAACCUGUAGCGUAAACACGCAUGACAAACACACCAGCACCAGCUGGACCUCGCACUGCCGCAUCCUGCGUGCCAUCGCAUGCACAGGAAGCCUGCAGAAAGCCAGCUCACCUUUCAAAGUGGCUCAGUGUCCAGAGAAGAACGCUUUCUGAUUAUAGACUUAGUAGGGUAUCGUUCAUCUUAUAUGCACUGAUUAUUCUAUAUGCUAUUCAGUGCAAAUCACAUUGGAUUUACCAAAGCAGUCAGUAAUCUGUUCCUGGGAAUUAGUAGCCUCUUAUUCUCCCAGAAGCAGACGAUUAAAGCGCAAUCGCUCGCUGUGAGACUGGUACAAAGCGCCUCGCGAUCGCCUUACAUGACUGUUGUCCCGUUUAUGCAACGCGCGUAUUUAUCACAGCAGCUCUGCGCACGUCCUGCGCACAUGCUGCGCAGAUCGGACGCCCACGAACACGCCAGCCUUCUCGUCCGCGGGGCGCAGCGAGAAAUCGGCUGGGUCCGUGCUGAGGGAUCUUACGGUCAUCCGAGCUUUACGUGUAAAGGAAAAUGAAAAGGCGCCCCGUUAACGGCAGAUGAGCGAAAACUCCAUCUUUCCUGAACGAAGGGCACGACUUGGAGCGUCUGACAGAAUGGCGAGCUGUGGCGAAGUCGAUCACAACGUGGACAAGGUAGCCUCAGGUAAGAAGGUGGGCGGGGACUCUGUGACGGGCAGCAGUGGUGGCCCCUCCCCUUCUUCCCCGGUGCUUCCUGUGCUGGAGUGUGCCAUCUGCCUGCAGAGCUGCGUGCACCCUGUACGGCUGCCCUGUCGCCACGUCUUCUGCUUCUUGUGCGUGAAGGGCGCGUCCUGGCAUAGCAAGCGGUGCGCCCUUUGCAGGCAGGAGGUGCCUGAGGACUUCUUGGAGCGGCCCACCCUCCUGUCGCCCGAGGAGCUGAAGGCGUCGGCGUCGGGCGGACGGGGGCCGGGCGCAGGGGGCCACGCCUGGUACUACGAGGGUCGCAACGGCUGGUGGCAGUACGACGAGCGGACCAGCCGUGAGCUGGAGGACGCCUACAACAAGGGUAAGAAGAGCGCGGAGAUGCUGAUCGCCGGCUUCCUGUACGUGGCCGACCUAGAGAACAUGGUGCAGUACCGGAGAAACGAGCACGGCCGGCGCCGCAGGAUGAAGAGGGACGUGGUGGACAUUCCCAAGAAAGGCGUGGCCGGACUGAGGCUGGAUCCCGAGCCCGGGGGCGGAGCGGAUUCGGCGGCUGUCGGGACCCCCGCGGGUGGGGCUUCGGGCGGGGACUUGACGGACGUAGCGGGGGUGAUGGAGAGGGAGAGCUCGGCGGACGGAGCGGACACGGGCGUCAGCAGGGGGCGGUCCCAGGCCGGGUUCGCCCCGCCCCCCGUACGGCCGCCCACCGUGCUGGGAGGACACCCGGGCAGCCCGGCGGCUGCCUCGGCGCCGCUCUCCCUUGUACAGGUGCUCUCCCAGCUCAGCCUGGGCCCCGCCAGGCCAGAGGAAGAGGAAGAGGACGAGGACGACGAGGAGGACGAGGAGGACGACGAGGACGACGAGGCCGCUCCCAGCGCCUCGGGGGACGAAUCGGAGUCGGGCUCCAGCGAGGGUGAGGCGGGUGGCGGCGAGGAUGGGGUUGGAGCACGAGCAGAGGGACCUCAGGGCAGGCACAGACUGCAGCAGCUGGACAGACUGCCCCGCGCUGGUGGGUCUGGCCGUGACGGCGGUGUGCGCUCACGCAGCCCAGAUGGGCAGUGCACAGUGACGGAGGUGUGACCCAUUGCCACGGCAAAACACCCGCCGUGACCCGACUGGCCGCCUGGCUGCCUCUGCUCUGGGUACUGCUAACAAAUCCACGAAAAAGCAAAAAAAAAGGAAAAAAAGCAACAAAACACAAAAAAAUGCAAGUGAAUCUCAGAAGUUUGAUUCACAGACGGCCUGGAACAGGUGAAGACCGGCAAAGCGCAGUUUUGUCUUAAGAAACGCAGAGGAGUUUGAGUGAGGCUGCUGUGUAAUGCAGGUCCGGGGAACCACACAAA